AUGCCAACGUUAACUACCAUUAAAAACUUGUUUGUUCAAGCCAAAAAUAUAUCAAAACCAACAAUAUUAAAUAACACGCAGGUUAAUGGGUGGGUUAAAUCUGUUAGAAACUUGAAACAUAUAACUUUUGUAGAUAUUUCUGAUGGUACAACUUCGUCCAAUUUAAAAAUAGUUAUUCCUAAACUACAAAACAUCAGUCCAUUGAAAAUGGGUGAAAGUGUAAAAAUUAUAAAUCCAGAAUUAAUACCUACUGCAAAUAAAAGAGAACAACUAUUUGAAGUCAAGAUCCAUAAUGGUGGUAGCGAUAGCAAUGACAAUAAUCUCAGCCAAUUGAUUAAAUUAGGCUCCAUUGAUCCAGCUACGUAUCCAUUACAAAAAAAACAAUUAGGUUUAAACUACUUGAGAAAUACUGCACCUCAAUACAAGUUUAAAACGGACUACCUAAGUAGUAUGAUGAGAUUCAGAUCUUUUAUUGAACUCCAAAUAUUCAAAACCAUGGAUGAGAUGGGCUAUAUUAAAGUAUCCCCUCCCAUAAUAACCGGCUCUGACUGCGAGGGUGCUGGUGAAUUAUUUGAACUGCUGCCAAGAGGUUACUUUAAAAAGACCAGCGCCCCUAUCAGUCAAGGAACGCCGGCUCUCAGCAAUUCGUACUUGACUGUCUCUACGCAAUUACAUUUAGAAGUUCUCGCCCAAUCUUUAAGCAGUGUUUAUACCUUGACACCGUGCUUUAGGGCCGAAAAAUCAGAUACUAAUAGACAUUUGAGUGAGUUUUGGAUGAUGGAGUUAGAAACUUGUUUUAUUGAAGACAUUCACGAGCUAUGCGGUAUCACCCAAUCGAUUUUGAAAGAAGUUAUUAAAAAUUGCAUUCCCCACUAUGAAGAAUUAUUACCAAACAUGAAGCCAUUGGAUAUUGAUGGAGGUAGUACAAAAAUGGACAAAAAAAAAAUUCUUGAUUCAUGGGAAAAUUUAGUUAAGAAUAAGUGGCCUAUUGUAACAUAUACUGAAGUUAUUAACAUUUUGAAUAGGAAAAUUAAAGAGUCCAAAGUCCAAUUUUUUAAAUAUAAUAAUGGCAAGGAGGUGCAAUGGGGCGAUGAUAUACAUAGCGAAUAUGAAAAAUGGUUGGCCGGCGAGUAUUUUGCAUCUCCAGUAUUCGUAAUUGACUACCCCAAAAAUAUCAAAGCAUUUUACAUGAAACAAAACACCCCUGAUAAUAAAACAGUUUCUUGUUUUGAUUUAUUGGUCCCUGAGAUCGGAGAGAUUGUUGGUGGCUCAAUGAGAGAGGAUAGAUAUGAUGUACUAUUGAAGGAGAUGGAGGCAAGGGGUAUGUCGUCUAAUAGUGAUCCUAGUUUAAAAUGGUACUUAGAUUUAAGAAUGAACGGCACUGUUCCUCAUGGUGGUUUUGGUUUAGGUAUAGAAAGAUUUGUAACUUAUUUAUUUGGUGGUCACAAUAACAUUAAGGAUGCUAUUCCAUUCUACAGAGUAGCCAACGGUCCAAUUGAUAUUUAA